AUGAUACAUGGAGAUGACAAAGGCUUAGUGCUCCCUCCUAAAGUUGCUCUCAUUCAAGCCGUCGUGAUUCCUGUGACUCGCACCCAUUCAGAGGCAUGUGCUGCUGUUACCUCAGCUUUGGAAGCGACUAAUAACCGUUCUGAAGGAGGUCUCAAAAGACUAUUAGAGGCGGCUCAUAGUCUUUUGAGAUCAUUAGAAGCUGCUGGUAUCCAUUCUGAAGUUGAUCUCAAAAGACUAUCACAGGCCCUUGCUGCUGCUGACGCGGGUUUAGAAUUCGCUGAUAUCCAUUCUGAAGUGGAUCCCAAAAGACUAUACGAGGCCUGUGCUGCUGCUGCCUUGGCUUUGCAAGCGGUUGAUAUCCGUACUGAAGUGGAUCAGCUUGGGGACAUUCCUGUCUCUGGCAAGAUAGCGCACUGGAUGCGGAAAGGAGUUCCACUCAUAGUUCUGGUCAAUGGUGCGGAAUUGGACCCGGUGGGCGUUGUGAGGCGCAAUGACAAGAAGAAGAAAGUUUUCCCUAAGAGCGACCUAGCUCGCGGAGCUAGGCUUUUACUUGAUUCGAUGCAUGAUGACAUGCUGCGUUUUGCUAGGAAGAAGAGGGAUGAAUGUGUUAAAGAGGUUCACACAUGGGAAGAUUUUGAGUUUGCACUGAAUAACAGGAAGCUUGUCUUAGCUCCGUGGUGCGACGAAGCUGAUGUGGCGAAGGAAAUCAAGGACCGCACCUAUGGAGCGGCGAAGAUCUUCUGCACACCGUUUGAUCAGCCGGAACUCCCUCUAGGGACUCCCUGCUUUGCUUCUGGAAAGCUGGCCAGAACCUGGAGUUAUUGGUCACGUUGA